AUGUCUACCUUUGGCUACAGAAGAGAGCUUAGCAAAUAUGAGGACAUUGACGAGGAUGAGCUCCUCGCUUCUCUCACGGAAGAGGAGCUGAAGGAGCUGGAGCGGGAACUGGAGGACAUCGAGCCCGACCGCAACCUCCCAGUAGGACAACGGCAAAAGAGCCUGACAGAGAAAACACCCACCGGGACUUUCAGCAGGGAAGCGCUGAUGGCCUACUGGGAGCAGGAGACCAGGAAGCUCUUGGAAAAAGAGAGGCUGGGCGCGUGUGAGAAGCAAGAAGAAGACAACUCAGAAGACAUUCAAGAAGAAUGUUUCACAGAAAGCAACAGUGAAGUGUCUGAGGAGGCAUAUACUGAAGAGGAUGAUGAAGAGGAAGAAGAAGAGGAGGAGGAAGAAGAAGAGGAGGAGGAAGAGGAAGAUGAAGAUGACAGUGAUGACGAGGAUGAGGAAAAGCAAAAUUCUGCGGCUAGUGAAAGACCUGUGAAUUGUGAGGACGGCAGGAGUUCUGACCACGUCAGACACAAGAAGUGUAGCAGUACGAAGAACAGUGAAAACUUGUUCAAUGGCCAUGAUGACACUGAAAAUCUGAGCUUUAAAAGCAGUGCCAUCCACCCAUGUGGAAAUCCAACAGUUAUUGAGGAUGCUCUGGAAAAAGUUCGGAGCAAUGACCCUGAGACCACAGAGGUUAAUCUAAAUAACAUUGAAAAUAUUACUUCACAGAUGCUUAUACAUUUCUCCCAAGCCCUGAGAGACAACACUGUAGUUAAGUCAUUCAGCUUGGCUAACACACAUGCUGAUGACAACGUCGCAAUAGCCAUUGCUGGUAUGUUAAAAGUAAAUCAACAUAUCACUAGUCUGAAUAUCGAGUCGAAUUUUAUCACAGGCAAAGGAGUACUGGCCAUCAUGAGAGCUCUGCAGCAUAACAAGGUUCUAACAGAGUUACGGUUCCACAACCAAAGGCAUAUCAUGGGCAGUCAGGUGGAAAUGGACAUAGUUAAGCUGUUAAAAGAGAACACUACUCUGGUCAAGCUGGGGUACCACUUUGACCUUGCUGGCCCAAGAAUGAGCAUGACGAGUAUCCUGACAAGAAAUAUGGAUAAACAAAGGCAAAAGCGCAUGCAGGAGCAACGGCAACAGGAGUAUGGUUGUGAUGGAGCUAUCAACCCAAAGACCAAAGUCUUGCAGAAAGGCACUCCUCGUUCCUCACCGUACACGUCCCCUAAGAGUUCACCUUGGUCCUCUCCAAAGCUCCCUAGGAAAUCAGCACCAGCAAAAAGUCAGCCUCCGGCUCCUGCACCCCCUCCACCCCCGCCUCCACCCCCACCCCCUCCUCCUCCCCCUCCCGUUAUUCCAGACAAGAAAGUACCGACCAGGAACAUAGCUGAGGUAAUCAAACAGCAAGAAAGUUCAAGAAAAGCCUUACAGAAUGGACAGAAAAAGAAAAAAGGCAAAAAAAGCAAAAAACAUGAGAACAGUAUAUUGAAAGAAAUUAAAGAUUCUCUGAAAUCCGUCCCAGACAGAAAAUCGGAAGAAGGUUCACGGCCUUCCUCCCGACCCUCCACCCCACAAAGGUCCCUCCAUGACAACCUUAUGGAAGCAAUUCGAGCAAGCAGCAUAAAACAACUAAGACGGGUGGAGUUACCAGAAGCCCUUCGGUGA